AUGGACAGCGCACUACCCAUGGCGCCUCCCGCCAAGUCGCCCUUGGCCCGAUAUCGCAUGCUGUCGCCGUCUGCCUCUGUUCGAGUUAGCCCAUUAUGCCUCGGCGCAAUGAACUUUGGCGACGCCUGGAAGAACUGGAUGGGCGCAUGUGAUCAGGCCACCACCGAAGGCAUCCUCGACUUUUUCUUCGAGCAAGGAGGAAACUUCAUCGACACUGCCAACAACUACCAAUGCGAAGAGUCAGAGAAAUGGAUCGGCGAGUGGAUGAAGAAGCGCGGCAACCGUGACCAGAUGGUGCUCGCCACCAAGUACACCACCAAUUUCAAGGCAGGCCCGAACCAUCCCAACGUCAUGGCCAACUUCACCGGCAAUGGGGCCAAGAGCUUGCACACUUCAGUCAAUGCCAGCCUGAAGAAGCUGCAGACCGACUACAUUGAUCUGCUCUAUGUCCACUGGUGGGACUACAGCACCUCGAUUCCCGAGCUCAUGCAGUCGUUGAACCAUCUCGUCGUCAGCGGUAAAGUCUUGUACCUGGGCAUCAGCGACACUCCGGCGUGGGUCGUCAGCAAAGCCAAUGAAUAUGCGCGCAAUCACGGCCUCCGUCAGUUCUGCGUCUACCAAGGCUGCUGGUCCGCGGCCUCCCGAGAUUUUGAACGCGAAAUCAUCCCCAUGUGCAGGGCAGAGGGCAUGGGUCUCGCACCUUGGGGUGCUCUCGGUGGCGGCAAGUUUAAGAGUGAGGAGCAGCGCAAGUCCUCGGAAGGCCGACAGACGGAUUACGCAGAGGUCGACAUCAAGGCCAGUCAGGCGCUCGAGGCCGUGGCCAAGCGCAAGAACACGGCCAUUACUAGCAUUGCCCUGGCCUAUGUGAUGCACAAGGCGCCACACGUCUUCCCCAUUGUCGGCGGCCGCAAGAUCGACCACCUCAAAGGCAACAUCGAGGCCCUCACGAUUCAGUUGAGCCAGGAGGAAAUCAAGGACAUUGACAAUGCAGUGCCCUUUGAACUCGGGUUUCCCCACUCCUUCCUGUGGCCUAAAGGCGUUCCCGAGUCGUCCGGAGACAUCUGGCUGCUCAACACGGCCGCCACCUACGACUACGUCAAAGAUACCCAGCCUAUCACGCCCCAGAAAGGAGGGAAGUAG